CAAUCACAUCCAACCAUCGAACCGUGUUCCUUUCUCAAAUCGUUGCUCCGAGAAUGCAAACAUCAAGUGAUUCUGUAGACGAUAAACGAGAAUCUUUAGAUUUUAACAAACGCGUAGAUUUCCACAAUGUGUGUCCGCGAAGUUAUACCAUUGAACGAUCGUACUGUGAAAUCGUUCAGAAGAAUAAACCGCAAAGCAAUUCCGUUUGUGGAGGAAUUUGUCUUCUACUGGUCAGUGGAUUUCACGCCGGAUGGGGUGUCUGGAGAGUAGAGGUUCGAGAACCAUGGUUUUCGUUUACUAAUUUGGAUCUUAUAAUUUUCAUAAUGAUGUCGUGGUAUGUGUUUGCGGUUAUUGGAUGUGUUAUUGGGGCCGUGCUGGUCACGAGAAUGCGGAAGAACUUUAUUUACUGCACUGGUGGCAUUGUAAUGGCAGUAAGCAGCAUAUCGUUUAUCAUAUGGUACAACAAUCACAUUGCCAUUAUCGUCGGUCGUUGCCUUGCUGGCUUAACGCACGGUAUUGUUUACAAUGCAACCAUAACCCAUGCGGCUGAAAAUGUUGUGAAGGAGGUUCGAGGAAUGCUAAUGUCGACCAUAAAUUCGCUGAUGUUCUGUGGAGUUUUUGUAUCAGCGACGGUAAUUUCAGCAGUCAAUUAUGGUGAGGUUGGCGCAUUCAAUAGUGAUCGAAUAUUGGGCAUGUUUGGCCUUUCGUUUUCGAUGCUCGGAAUGUUGUGCACUGUGUUCCUAACAUACGAAUCGAUUCCGUAUUUGUUGCGGCGCGGCAAAGACUCGGAGGCAGUGGUUAAUAUGUUGAAACUGAGAAAUGAGUCUGUGUUGACGGCAAAACUGACAAACGAUUUGGACGAACUGAGAUUGAUGGUGGUGCAGGACAAGAAAGAAAGUCCAAAUAUUUUCACCAAUGGGAACGUAUAUGCGACAGCGAAAAUGGUUGGAGUGCUCACGCUAUCCACGCUAACCAAUAACUGUCUGUUGAACUUAAUCAUGAUAACUCUGACGAAACGAAUAUUCAAUCCAGACAGCCAUCAUAUCUCCGCCGUCUUAUUGACAGGAAUCCGAUUUGUCGGCUCUUUCGUUCCGAUUUUUACCACAGACUUUGUGCGACGAAAAAUUCAUUUCACUCUUUCAGGAGUCGCUUGCGGUUCAUUGAUGCUAGUGCUAGCGAUCAUUGUCGUGAGUGUUAGUGAAUUCGGAUCUAGCACUUACUGGAUUCCUGCAACACUAUGCAUAGCAAUUCAACUAUUCGCCUCGUUCGGUAUCGAUCCCAUCGAACAUUUAUUGCUCGCCGAAGCAUUUUCCACCUCGAAAAAGGCUUGGUCGAUAGCAUUUGUCGCAAUUGUCGAAUACAUUCUGCAGAUGGUGCUCAUUAGCAUUUUUUUCAUUGACGGAAUUACUUAUUUGACGACGGUCACCGUACUAUUUACUUCAUCCGGUGUAAUGUUUGCCCUGAUUUUAGUGUUGUAUUUGUCGAUCCCAGAAACGUUAAAUUUGACCAUUAGCGAAACGAGGGACCUGUUCCGCAAAUGAUCGACCAUACGUUUUGUGAUAAUUUGUUGCACCUCAAACUGAGUUCCUUAUCGUAUUUUAU